CAAAUUUUACAAACUCAAAGAGUGCUUCAACAAUAUGAGAUCUCUCUCUAUUUUCUUCUUCCUCCUCCUAUCUCUUACUUUGUUGGGGUAUGUAAUUAGUGAUGGUCCAGAAGAAUAUUGGAAGAGCAAAAUGAAUGGAGAUCCUAUGCCUAAAGCACUCAAGGACCUUCUUAAUGAUCAAUAUCAAGAUUUUCCAGUAGAAAGGAACAAAUAUCUUAGAGAUUUUGAUUUGAAGGCUAAUAUUAUUAUUUAUCAUAAUGAUGUUGAUAUAUAUCCAAAAAGAUCCAGGCCUACUCCUAAGGAUGAUCAUUUUUCAGAAACAAAAGAAGAAGAAGAAGAUCAAAGGAGAAAAACUGUAGAUCCAUGAAAUUAAUUAAGCUUAAUUAUAUACGUCUUUUUUUUUUUUGAAUGUUAUGUUUCUUAAUUACUUAGUUAAUUACAGUAUUAAGCUUCUUGUUGAUUAAUUAGCUGUUGUUUAGUUGCUAUUUGUAAUUAUACCUAAGUAAAUAAAAAAUUAUCAGU